CACGCAUGUGCCGUGAACCCGGAUGUAUCAGGACUUGUUUGAAUAAAGAACAAAAGCAUCGGGCAGAAAAUGCACGAUCGAGACAGUUAUUAGAAAGUAAAGGGAUCUGGUUCCGUUCGGGGUAAAGUACCAGCUCUCGUUUUAGAUGAUUGGUUACAGUAACUCACACGUUGGAGUUUUACUAUUUUAAUGCAUUUGCUUUUAGUCCUAUAAACGCGGCACCAUACCAAUGCGUGAACAUACAUGCAGCAGUCUAUAAACAUAACACUGUAGCUUUAGUUGUAGUGCUGCAAUGCAUUUGAUUCACGUCUACGGUAAAAAGUACGAACGCGGCAGCAACUGGUCCGAGCCAGAGGUGCUGGAGCUGCUGCAGAUCUGGUCAGACGUGCCAGUCCAAACAGAGCUAGUGACCUGCCUCCGAAACCAGCAUGUGUUCAACCGAAUCGCCAGCACUCUGCGGCAGAAGGGCAUCAAUCGGACCGGGGAUCAGUGCAGGGAGAAGAUCAAAAAGUUGAAGCUGGAGUACAAGCAGAAGACUUUGAGAUCCGCGAGGUAUUACGAGCUGAUGGAAAGGGCGCAGAGUAACCGAUCCGCCGCUACCUCCGGUUCGACUUUGCCUUUAUGGGGCGGCACGGUGACGAACCAGGUAACCGGAAUGCAGGGGUCAGAGGCGCCGGGUCAGCCGCCCAGAGCAGGUGAGAUUCUGGAGAUCAAGACGGAGGUGAUGAGCUCGGAUGAUGAAGCGGUGGGCCCGCCUGAGAUGCUCUAUGAGUUCGGACCUGUUGAUGAGGAUGAUGAAGCAGGCGCUGCUGAGCACAAACAUGCGGGUCCAAACACAGAGGAGAACACUGAGAUGGACGGAGAGCAGGGUAACACGCAUGUCAUCUGUUCCCCAUCAGAUUGCAGUGACCAGAACAUGACCGGCUCCUCCGGUGCGGGUGUAUCCCCGGCAACAGCUCCCAUUGUGAUGAGAGACGGAGGUAGCCAUGGCGACCAAGUAGGGGGUUCCGGAUCGUUCCAUCAGAGGAAGCGCCGGCGAGUGGGACGUGGGGGCGAUGGGGUGUUAUCGAACGCUUUGGCUGGAUAUCUAAGCUGGCAGCAGACAGCAGAAGAGCGUUUCCUGGCUCUGGAGGAGGCCCGGAUGCAGCAGGAGGCGCAGGCCGAGGAGCGGAGGGAGCAGCAGGAGGAGAGACGAGCAAAGCAGGAGAGAGAUCAUGAGUUUCGUCUCAUGUCCAUGUUGACCAAAGUCCUGAGUUCAUCACGUGGGACGGAAGACCAGAGUGCCUCCACCAGCAGGGAAACGCUCCCGGUGCCCAGUACCUCACAAACCUAUUUGUUACCCAACAGUGCCAAAGCUGUACCCAGCAUGCUUUGGGGUGAUCAGACGGCCCAGUACAGCCCGUACCUUUCCCGCCGUGGCAAUAGCAUGCGGCUGCACCAGGGAAUCCUGCAGGAAGGCUACAAUCAGUAUCACGCCAACGUGCACGACGAGAAUUCAAACCCUCAUGGCAUUAUAAACUUAGGAACCAGUGAAAACAAGCUGUGCUUUGACCUCCUGCAGAAAAGACUGAUGCGACCUGACAUGCUUCAGAUUGAGCCUGCUAUCUUACAAUACCCCGACUGGAAAGGCCACAGUUUCCUUCGAGAGGAAGUUGCUAAGUUCCUGUCAGACUACUGCCGUUCUCCCAAACCGAUAAAACCCAAGAACGUCGUUGUUAUGAACGGUUGUGGGUCUCUGUUCUCGGCUUUGGCAGCUACGCUCUGUGACCCAGAAGGUUGCCAGAUGCCCAAAGAACCCACAUUAUGUGGGGCGUCAGACUUUGCUAUGUCAGGAAUGCGAGUUGGCAUGGUCUAUUCUGAGAAUAGAGAUUUGGUUCAGGCCCUGGAUCAGCUGGGCUGCUUCCACGGAGUCCCAGGACCCACACAGUACCAGAUGGCACAGCUUCUCAGAGACAGAGGAAGUGAUGUCAGACCGUUCCAGCUAACUGUCGAGAAAUUGGAGAACUCUCUUAAAGAGGCCAAAAAAGAGGGACUGAACAUCAAAGCCCUUAUCCUUUUAAACCCCCACAAUCCACUGGGAGAAGUGUACUCGUCUGAAGAGAUGAUCAACUUUCUAGAGUUUGCCAAAAUGCACAAGCUUCAUGUGAUCGUGGAUGAGAUUUACAUGCUCUCCGUGUUCAACGAGACAGACACGUUUCGCAGUGUUCUCAGCUUGGAUGGCUACUGGCUGAAUAGUGAGUUCCUUCCAGAGAACAGACAAAGGCUAAGAGAGGCUCACAGCUUCAUGACAGAAGAGCUGAAGAAACUGGACAUACCUUUCCUGCACAGGAGUGCGGGUUUCUUCAUCUGGGCAGACUUGAGCAAGUAUCUGAGUGAGAAGACGUUUGCUGAGGAGCUGUCUCUGUGGAGGUGUUUCCUCAAGCACAAGGUUCUGCUGAGCUGCGGUCAGGCCUUCAGCUGUGUGUCUCCAGGCUGGUUCAGAAUCAUCUUCACUGAUCAACUGCACAAACUAAAGCUAGGUGUGCAGAGGAUUAAAAAUGCAUUAGAAGAACUUCAGGGCUCUUCAGUGCUUGAGACACAGCGCACAACAAGUGACGAACAGGAUGACAGCCUUGGGACAGCGAAGAGGGAAGACACUAAGACAAUAGAUGAGUGCAAAGAGCAGACACUCAAGACCUCAAGCGUUCAAACCAAACUUGACACAGUACACAUUAAGACAGAGCCCGUCUCAUUGGCUGAUGAGAACUUUACAGUUAUUAAUGGCCAAUCCGACAUCCGCUCAGAGAGUCUGGACUCUCUGAUUGGUACUCUGCGACAGCAGAUCCACACGUCUGAUUGGCUGGAGAAGCACAAGCCUGAGCUAGGUGCUGGACAAGACCCAACACAAUUGGAUGUUUUCACAGACCUGCUCGAUAAAGCCAGGAAAUAGAGUAACAGUUGGUAGAAACAAGUCUGAGCAACGCAUCUGUCAAAUACUUUUUUUUUAUGAAAGAUACUUUCACCUUAUGUACAGUUUAAAGGCAAACUCUGUUAAUUGCAGACACAACACAGUGGCGAUCCCUGUAAUUAGAGAUUGAAACAAU